AUGGAGUUUUGCAAAGAUUCAAGAGAUUCUUUAAAAGCUUUUUACAAGUUACAUACUCAUAACCAAAGUAAAAUCGACAAUAUUUAUGACAGUAUUAAAACACAAAUAGAUUCGCCAGAAAAACUCAUUGAACAAAUAAUUCUAGCAUCAAAAUACAACCUUCGCUACUUGAAAUCCUACUGGGCAAUCUUUAAAAAACUAUUUGAAGAAUUUCAUCCUAAACGUGUGCAUAACAUUUCUCCAAUUUUCGAUUACAUGGUAUUCGAGGAAUACGGUUUUGUUUUCCAGGAGAAAAGCAAAAAUUCAUUUGAACAAUUUGAUGCUAAAAAUUAUACUUUGGAUGUUCACGAAAAAUACUCUAUUUACAAAGCAAUCAUGAGAGAUGAUCUUUCACUGUUUGUUUCAUUAACAAGCAGAGAUGAUUUCGAUGAAGAUAUGAAAUUACGACACGAUUUCUAUCCGAAGAAAAAUCACGAAUACGGAUUACUUGAACUCUGUUGUUAUUAUGGCGCUGUUCAAUGUUUCAAGUUUAUGAUUUCGAAAUUUGAGCCUGAUAUCACUCCAGAAUGUCUUCAAUUCUCGUUUUUGAGUGGAAAACCAGACAUAAUGAAUGAAUGCAUCAAAGUUCAGAAACCAGACAAAAAAUGCAUGAAAUACGCAAUUAUUUCACACAACAUUGAUUUCGUAACAUUCUUGAUGAGAGAGCACAAGAUCAAUAUCGAUCUUAAUCAUUGCUGCAAAUUCAAUUGCAUUGAAGCAUUUUGUGCAUACUUGGUUCAUAGAAAGGAUUAUAUCACAUGUUUUAUUAACUCACCAAAACUUUUUUCAGUACCUUUGCUAAAAUAUUUAAUAAGACAUGUCGAUAAUAUUGAUAUCAAACCAGCAAGAAAUAAAACUGCUCUUCACAACGCAAUUAUGAAUGAUUUUCGAAGUGGAGUAAAACUUCUUGUUUCCAAAGGAGCAUCAAUUAAUGAAGUUAAUGAAGAUGGUAACAAUUAUCUUCAUGUUGCAUCAAUGUUGGGUUUCAAUGAGUUAGUCAAAAUGUUUAUCUCUUAUGGAAUUGAUGUCGAUUCAAAGGGAAAGAAAGGAUGUACUUCUCUCCAUUUUACAGCACUUAAUAAUUUGCCAGAUACUGCUCAGAUCCUUCUUCAACAUGGGGCAGAUAUCGAUAUAGGCGACGUCGAAGGAAAAACACCAAUUCAUUAUAGUGUACGCCAAAGUAACAAAGAAAUUUGUAAGUUUCUUCUUCAGCAUAAUGCUGAUGUUAACAGAAAAGAUAUCGAAGGUAAAACCGCUCUUCACAUUUCAGCAAAAAAUGCGGAUACAAAAUUUACAAAUCUUCUUUUAGCUCAUGGAGCAAAUAUCAAUAAGCGCGAUAAAAAUGGAGAAACACCACUUUUUAUAGCAAUUCAACCAUAUCAUGAUUGGUAUUUUUUACCUGCUGGCAGUGAUGAUGAUGAUUUCCAACCUAAUUUUCGAAACCAAUCAAAAUCUUUAAGCCAAUCAAAACCUCUAGGCCAAUCAAAAUCGGUAAACAAAAUAAAAUCCAAAAAAUUUGUUGAAUUUCUCAUUUCACGUGGUGCAGAUUGUAAUGUUAAAAACAAGAGUGGAUAUGCGCCUAUACAUGAUUCUACAUACAACAAUAUACCUGAAGUAAUUGAACUAUUGGUUUCUCAUGGUGUUGAUAUUAAUUGUACUAAUGAUGAAGGUAAUACCUCUGCACAUAUUGCAUCUGCUUGUUGUUGCAUGAAAUCACUAGAAGUUCUAAUCAAACAUGGAGCCAAUGUGAAUAUUAAAAACGCAAAGGGAAUAACUGCACUUCAUUACGCCUCGGUGGAAAUUUUUUUGGAAAUGGUUCAACUUCUUAUAGCGCACGGCGCUGAUAUAAAUGCGAAUAACCAAAAUAAAAUCACUCCUUUGGCAUGUGCCAUUUCAAGCAAAUGUGAGGAAACUGCAAAAUAUCUCCGAUCUCUUGGGGCCACUACUUAG